AUGCUAUUAAGUAGAGAAUACGUAAUAGCUGCCAUCCGAACUCUCCAGCCAACAUACGACUCACUCAGCGCCCUGGUAGAGUACAUCGUGCUGUUUCCGAUAGAGCUGCAGAUAAUUACCGAUAUUGUACUGCAUGAAAGCAAAACCAGCAAUGCAUACACAAACUUGUUCAUUCUCUAUUUGCUCAAUGAGCUUUUAAACAAACAGACAAAAUCAGCAGACGUCUUUUCCCAAAACCCAAGCGCAAAAGAAACCAUUAAACUUACGCUGAAAGAGGUUUUGAGAGUGGGCAAACAGAAAGUAGAGCAGAUGAAAAACACCAGCACAAAUGCAUUCAAGAAGUCUGCGGAGCAGCUCUCCAUCAAGUACGACGAAAUAGAAAAGCUAGUUUUUAAGGAUAAAGACACAAAAAGAGAAGAAAUUGCAGAAAAGCCCGCAGAGAAAAGUGCGGAUCCUGCAGAAACGUACCUGGACAUCGAAUACUUGGAGAGUUUGUGCAAGAAAAAAGAUAAAAAAAAGAUACUAAAGUACAUUAAAGAGUUAAAGAAGAUAGUAUAA